GUGUCGGGCCGCGCUCGGAGGAGGGUGUGCGUGAGGCGAGCGUCGGCGUGGCGAGCGUCGUGACGAGAGUGUGUGUGUGUAUGUGUGUGUACGUGCACGUGGUGCGAUGUCGCGGUGUGUGUGCUGGUGAAAGUGGUGAUAAUUGUGAUGAUGGUCAUCAAGUGCGCGGUGAUAGUGAAUAAUCAGUGAGUGGUGCUUCGCAUUGCUUCUCCUCGUCCUGCUGGCCGUCCGCGGCCCCCACGGCCCCGCGCGGACCGACGCUUCCCUAGCUGCAGACCCCGGGGUGUCCGGGGGCCCUUGCUCUCCGCGGCCCCGCCGAGGGCCUCCCGGACAUGACCAACGGCCUGCACCACCCGGGCGAACAGAUGCAGCUGCCCCUCAGCUCGCUGCCUGGCGACGCCGCCUCCCCCGCCGCCUGCCUGCCGCCCCCCGCCCCCCAGACUGCCGCCCUGGGCACCGCCGCCCCCAGCAAGAGCAAGAGGCGGAGAGCGGCCAUGGCGGACGCGUCAAACAACAACAAUAGUAACAACAAUAACAACAAUAACAACAACGGCAACAGCAAUGACGACAUGUGGUGGACCGAGCGGGUGCUCUGCGAGGUGCAGGCCGAGCAUCCCGGCGAGCUGGUGCGGACGGGCAGCCCUUACUUCCUGUGCUCGGCGCUGCCCACGCACUGGCGCUCCAACAAGACCCUCCCCGUCGCCUUCAAGGUGGUGGCGCUCGGCGACGUGCUCGACGGCACCCUGGUGACGGUGCGCGCCGGCAACGACGAGAACUGUUGCUCCGAGCUGCGCAACUGCACGUCCGUCAUGAAGAACCAGGUGGCCAAGUUCAACGACCUGAGGUUCGUCGGGCGCAGCGGCAGAGGGAAGAGUUUUAGCAUCACCAUAACCGUUAACACCUCGCCACCCCAAGUGGCCACCUACAGCAAAGCCAUCAAAGUGACGGUCGACGGGCCGAGGGAACCUCGAUCAAAAACAACGGGCCAGCACCACCAGUUCCGGGCCAUCGCGCUGGGACAGCGGCCCUUCCUCGAGUCGCCCUUCACGCACCUCCGGGAGCUGGAGACCUUCAGGAGAAAGUCGGAGUUCAAGAGCCCAACCCCCACCGGCACGCCACACGAGUCCUGCUCGGGGGUGCCUUCGACGGAGUCCUCCUGGCCGACGUACGCGUCGUCAUACUCGCCGCUGCAACCCCCGGCCUACUCCUAUGGCGGCGACCUGGGGCCCACGGCGACGCCCGUCCACGCGGGAGCCAACACCAUGCCCCCGGACGGCACCAUGACGCACCUCCCCACCGUGCUGUCGGAGCACGGCUCCGUCCCGGGGGCUGCCUCCUCGGGGACGGUGCCCGUGGGCGCCACGACACCCGGGGGCGGCGGCGGCGCCGGCGACUACACGAGCCUCUUCACGCCGCCGCUCAAGUCGUCGCCGCCGUCGGCCGAGUACGACGGCCUUUGCGGCCUGGCAUCGGCCACGACGCCGCCGCACCACCACUCGCAGCACCACCACGGCGGCGCCAGGUCGGCGUCGAGCGGGCCGCCGCCCCUGGCCGCGCCGCUGGCCUCGGCCACCGCGCCGCCGGCCGUCGCCGCGUACGGCGCGCAGGACCCGUACGGCGCCGCGCCGUGCGGCACCAACGCCUACCACCACGGCUGGGGCGCCGGCACCGCCAACUACAAUUACAACUACAACUACCAGAGCCCGGCCGCCAACCCGCAGCCCUACCCCAUGGUGCUCUACCCCAACCUGUACUCGACAGUCAACCAGAACCAGAUCCACCUCCACCUGCACCACAACCCGAGCGGCGGCGAGCUCAGCGCGCUCAGCUCGGCGGCCAAGGCCGUGGCGGUGGCCGCCGACGUGACGGGGGCCGCGGGCCACGGCCAGCUGCCGCUCCACCCGCCGCACCACCAGCACCACCAGUUUGACGACGUGGCCACGAUCGUGUGCUCGGGGGGCACCAGGGGGAUCGAGAUUGGCAUUGACCUGCAACAGCAACAACAACAGCAGCAGCAACAACAACAGCAACAACAACAACAACAACAACAACAACAACAGCAACAACACAGUGUGAUGGCGGGGCCUGGCAGCGACGAGCACGACCAGGAGCUGAGCCGCUACCCCCAGCAGCACGACAGCCGGCAGGCCGACCCCUCCGUGUGGCGGCCGUACUAAGGCCCCGCGGCUGAGGCCCGCACCCGCGCUGAAAACAUUAUUGUGAUAUCUGUAAAAGUUUGUAUUUUAUUCAAGUGUGGAUCCCAAGUGUACCAUAUACUUGUGUUGUGUGGCGGAGGACUCCAUAAGUUUGGCCUGGGUCGCCAUAUCGUAACUCUGUCUCCUUUCCCGGCCCACUGCUGCGACUUAGGUCCUGUUCCAGAGUAUAGCCUAUAUGGCACCAUUCUCUUAUCGAAUAGAAGAGAUUGGUGCUGGACGGUGCUAGAUGACGCCCUUUUGCCAUCUGCAGUGUCCGCUCUUGUAAUUAUGUGUUUAUUGUAUUAAAACCCAUAGUAUAGCAGUUUUAUCAGAGUGCAAAUGAAAAUUGAUAUGUGGUUAAUGUGUUUUUGUAAUAUAAUGUUUUUAUUUCGUUUUGUUGAAAUUAUGUUUGAGCCUGUAUUUCUACUAGGAGUGUACCCACCGUAAAUAUUCUUAGACGAUAAUUUAUGAAUUAAUUUUUUUCCUUGUGAGUGGAGAAAAACGUUUUAAGUGUACUUAAAAAGAUUUAUAUCAUGAUGUUGAUUUGUUUCUUGUGAUGACUGUAUUUUAAGUUUUUGUAUGUUCAAAUUAUGCAAAUCACUGUUAUGACAACAAGUGUCUCGUUCCCACCGCGAACUCGAUAGCUGUAAACGCGGUGCGGAGCAGAGACGCGAGGGACCUAAAGAAGAAGAGGAAAAAUAAAUCUCAGAUCAGACGUAAAAGACAA